UCUCCUUUCUACCCUCCGACAUCAGCAGAUUUCCUAGCCUGUUUUUCAAGAUCCUCAGGAUGAAUACCUACAUCUGUCUUGCCGUUUGCCUUGUUGCUGCUGUCUCAGCUGCUGGAUAUGGUGGUGGAUUCGGAAGCAUGGGCGGUACUGGAGGAGGAAUGGGAGGUGGCAUGAACGGAGGCGGAUCCGGAGGUAUGGGUGGAGGAAACGGUGGAUUCGGAGGAAUGGGCAGUGGAAUGGGAGGACAAGGUGGAUUCGGAAGAAAGGCAGGCGGAAAAGGUGUAUUCGGAGGAAUGGGCGGUACUGGAGGAGGAAUGGGAGGUGGCAUGAACGGAGGCGGAUCCGGAGGUAUGGGUGGAGGAAACGGUGGAUUUGGAGGAAUGGGCAGUGGAAUGGGCAGGGGAAUGGGCGGUGGAAUGGGAGGACAAAGUGGGUUCGGAGGUAUGGGCGGAGGAAAUGGUGGGUUCGGAGGAAUGGGCGGUGAUAUGGGAGGACAAGGGGGAUUUGGAGGAAAGGCAGGCGGAAAAAGUGGAUUCGGAGGAAUGAACGGUGGAAUGGGAGGACAAAGUGCGUUCGGAGGUAUGGGCGGAGGAAAUGGGGGUUUCGGAGGAAUUGGCAGUGGAAUGGGAGGCCAAGGCGGAUUCGGAGGAAAAGGCGGAUUCGGAGGAAAAGGAUAUUAGAUCCAGCUGAUCCUGUUAACCUUGCAUUACAUGUAAAUGAUGCCAAAUUAUUAAAAAUUGAAUAAUGCACU